AUGACCGGGCAUGGCUGCUUCGGUCAUUACCUGUACCGUAUUGGGAAAGAAGGGAGCGAGGUCUGCCAUGAGUGUGGAGAGUCGGACGACACGGCCCAACACACUCUGGCAGACUGCUCAAGGUGGUCGGCGCAGCGGCAAGAGCUGGUGGAAGUUUUGGGGGAUGGCGACCUCUCGCUGCAUAACGUCGUUGACAGGAUGUUAUGCAGCGAGAGGAACUGGGCGGCGGUUGCUUCCUUCUGUGAGACCGUCAUCUCGCAGAAGGAGGCUGCUGAGAGGGUGCGGGAGGAAGACCCAAACGCGCCCUCAAUAGACGUGGACGGGGUGGCAGAAGGCGAGCACGUUACCGUGCUCACCUACUCCCCCAUCAGGACCACUAAUCCUGGGCAGUAUGGGCGACUAGCAACUUACUAG